UGCUAAUGGGCGUAGGCUGUGGGACGGGGCCGGAACGGUAGAAUCCCGGGAGCCCGAGCUCCAUCCCCCGCCCAGGGCCUCCCGGGCUGCCUCUCUGGCCAGCGUUGGCGGUCACUGAGCGCACCGGUCCAGCCGCAGCUCCAGUGCCCGAGCGGUGCCUGCGUCCCCGGACCUCGUCUCGAGCCGCGGCGGCGCGCCAGGUGUUCCUGCCUCCUCUCUGUGUGGCAGCCGCCGCCAUGUUCUCGUGUGUGAAGGCCUAUGAGGACCAGAACUACUCAUCCCUGAAGCGGGCUUGUCUGCGCCGGAAGGUGCUCUUUGAGGAUCCGCACUUCCCUGCCACUGAUGACUCGCUCUACUACAAGGGUGCUCCGGGACCCGCUGUUAGGUGGAAGCGACCCAAGGACAUCUGCGAGGACCCCCGCCUCUUUGUGGAUGGCAUCAGCUCCCACGACCUGCACCAGGGCCAGGUGGGCAACUGCUGGUUUGUGGCCGCCUGCUCGUCACUGGCUUCCCGGGAAUUGCUGUGGCAAAAGGUCAUCCCAGACUGGAAAGAGCAGGAGUGGGACCCAGAGAAGCCUGACAACUAUGCUGGCAUCUUCCACUUCCACUUUUGGCGCUUUGGGGAGUGGGUGGACGUGGUCAUUGAUGACCGACUACCCACAGUCAACAACCAGCUCAUCUACUGCCACUCCAACUCUCGCAACGAGUUCUGGUGCGCCCUGGUGGAGAAGGCCUACGCCAAGCUGGCGGGCUGUUACCAGGCCCUGGAUGGAGGUAACACCGCAGAUGCGCUGGUGGACUUCACAGGUGGUGUUUCUGAGCCCAUCGACCUGACUGAGGGUGACUUUGCCAAUGAUGAGGCCAAGAGGAACCAGCUGUUUGAGCGAGUGUUAAAGGUGCACAGCCGAGGAGGCCUCAUCAGUGCCUCCAUCAAGGCUGUGACAGCAGCUGACAUGGAGGCCCGCCUGGGGUGCGGCCUGGUGAAAGGCCACGCGUAUGCUGUCACCGAUGUGCGCAAGGUGCGCCUGGGCCAUGGCCUACUGGCCUUCUUCAAGUCGGAGAAGUUGGACAUGAUUCGCCUGCGCAACCCCUGGGGCGAGCGGGAGUGGAAUGGGCCCUGGAGUGACACCUCAGAGGAGUGGCAGAAGGUGAGCAAGACUGAGCGGGAAAAGAUGGGGGUGACCGUGCAGGAUGAUGGCGAGUUCUGGAUGACCUUUGAGGACAUGUGCCGGUACUUCACUGACAUCAUCAAGUGCCGCCUCCUCAACACAUCCUACCUGAGCAUCCACAAGACAUGGGAGGAGGCACGGCUGCAAGGUGCCUGGACACGGCAUGAGGACUGGUGGCAGAACCGCAGUGGGGGCUGCAUCAACCACAAGGACACAUUCUUCCAGAACCCACAGUACAUCUUUGAGGUCAAGAAGCCAGAAGAUGAAGUACUGAUCUGCAUCCAGCAGCGGCCCAAACGAUCUACCCGCCGAGAGGGCAAAGGCGAGAACCUGGCCAUUGGCUUUGACAUCUAUAAGGUAGAAGAGAACCGCCAGUACCGCAUGCACAGCCUGCAGCACAAGGUCGCCAGCUCCAUCUACAUCAACUCACGCAGCGUGUUCCUUCGUACGGACCAGCCCGAGGGCCGCUAUGUCAUCAUCCCCACCACCUUUGAGCCAGGCCACACUGGAGAGUUCCUGCUCCGAGUCUUCACAGAUGUGCCCUCCAACUGCCGAGAGCUGCGCCUGGAUGAGCCCCCCCGAACCUGCUGGAGCUCCCUGUGUGGCUACCCCAAGCAGGUGACCCAAGUCCAUGUCCUGGGGGCUGCUGGCCUUAAGGACUCCACGGCAGGGGCCAACUCUUAUGUGAUCAUCAAGUGUGAGGGGGAAAAAGUUCACUCGCCUGUGCAGAAAGGGACCUCAGUGCCUGAGUAUAAUGUGAAAGGCAUCUUCUACCGCAAGAAGCCAGGCCAGCCCAUCACUGUCCAGAUUUGGAACCACCGAGUCCUGAAGGAUGAGUUCCUGGGCCAGGUGCACCUGAAGGCUGAACCCGAUGACCUCCAGGCCCUGCACACCCUCCACCUCCGAGACCGAAAUAGCCGGCAACCCAGCGACUUGCCAGGCACCGUUGCUGUGCACAUCGUCAGCAGUGCCUCCCUCACAGCUAUCUGACGCCUGCCUGUCUACCUGGCCCCAGUAAUUCAGACCACCACCUGCAUGUCCACACCAGGCCUGGGACCAGCCCAGGCGCCAGACACUGGGCUUCUUUUCCCACUCUUCCCCUGACUUGCUGUAUGACCUUGGGAGAUCUCUGCACCCCUCAGAGCCUCAAUAUCCUGAGGGCCCCAAAACAUUCCCUUCUUAUGAGGGAGUCCUCCUGCCUGAGAUUUAAAAUAGCCCUCCCUACCCCAGCUGUCACCACUGCUAAGGGACUCUGUCCAUUGAAAAUAUUUCCCCAAGGCUCUGCUAACUGCUGAAGAGUGCCAAGAUGUCACUUGUUUACACACAGAUUGCCAUGUCCCCAAACCCCACUGUUGCCCUUUGUUUCCCAGGCCCACUCCAGUGUCCCAGACCUCAUUUUCUGUGUCACCUACACCUUGUUUGCAAGCCACCUUGAAAGGACUUGCGGGGCAUCUGCUAGGUUCCUGCUCGGGCUAGAAUUUGGGGACCACGUGGGUGAUAUUUGUUCAGUCUCUAAUCCUGUCCUCUCACCCAUCUGUUUAUUCACUCGGUAGAGAUUUGCCAAAUAAGCAACACCCGAGAGGCUCCAGGGAAGUGGAGCCCUGUCUCUGCCUCCGGCCUUGCCUCUGCCCUCAGGUCUUCUCAGAGGCAGUCGCUCAGAUGAGCUGCACUGCCAGCUGAUUCCAGGUUCCAGCGUCAUCUGCAGUCCCUGGUCUGAGGUCCCUGGAGAGAGAGUGACCAUGGGUGAGGAAGGGGCACCUUCCUGCCCCCACUGCCUAAUGUGGAAAGGAAUGUGCCCAGCUAGUGUGUCAAGUGGGCAGAGGGGCCAGAAGGACCCAGAGGGAAGCAGUACUCCCCUCUGCUGCAAGGCUUCUAGGAGAAAGGGCUCUGGUGUGGGUGGUGCCAGCCCUGGGAUCCUGUCACCCAGUGGGCGUGCCAGGAGGUAGGAAACUCCACUGCCUGACCGGAGGCACCUCCACCAACAUUCCCACAAACAGCCAAGGAGGCCAGUGUUCUUCUUUCUGUCUGGACCAAAAUGAUCCUUUUAGUCCUCACUGCUUUAUAUACCUUCUGUUUUAGAAAUCUCAAUUUUAACCAGGGGUUUUUAAAGGAAACCCUGAACCCCCUUUUUCUUCCUAGAACUCUAGUUUUACUGAUCUUCUGAUUUUAUUUUGAUUUCACCUGGGGAGGGAUGUGGUUGAAACCACAUCAGAAAUGGUUGUGGUUGAAGGGAUGUGGUUGAAACCACCUUCUCAGAGGUGGUCUGGAGGAGGUGAAGAUGAAGAUAUUUGUAUCCGAACAUCUGUUGGCUGGUGCUGACUGUGUUGCUGAAUUCUUGCCUGCUUGUGCGUGAUCCACUUGGGGUCUCCUUGGGCUUCUAGACCAGACACAGCAAGCAAAUGAAAAGUGCAUUUGGUUCAAGAGCAAGAAUUCCUUUUGGAAACCUGAACUUUGACUCCAGACCUGGAAGUGUGGGCUGGUGACCUGGCUGGAGGUGCUGGAUCCUCUGACUUUGCCUCCUUGCUCCAUGACUGGCUGUGCUCCUGGGUCCUGGCCCUGGGCCACAGGAGGGUCCAGGAACUGAAAGACAAGGAGCACAAGAGGAUUCCUUCUCACAAGUUGGGGCUUCCCCUUGAAAAUCUGGGACUGGGACUCUGCAUGUGACCAAGAGCAAGUCACUUAUACCUCCUGUGCCUCGACUUCUCCCUCUGCAAAGUAGGGUGGAUGGUUCCUAUUUGUCAGCACUCUCACUAGCAAGUGCUGAGUAAGGGCAAGGGAAUACCCCAUCUCUGUGUAUUUAUCUCUGUAUGCUUACACACUAUACACACAUUCACGUAAUCACUUUGCAAUGUCUAUUCAAAAUUAUGACUCCUGAUUCAGGGCUGAAGAGGUGAGUACUAGGUAAGCCAGCCUGGGCCUCUGGGACUGACACAUGGGUCUUUUGUUGAGCCAUAUCUCCCAGGAACACAGGGGCAAAUCAGGACCAGGUGGUAGAGUAGUGUGGGCUUCAGCCUGGGAGUCAGAUGUGCCUCCCACCCCCAGCAGAGCUGUACAGCAGCCUUCUAGGUAGGCCAGGCUGGCUCCUGGCUGUGCUGGGAUUUCUGUCCCCAGAAGUCCCUGGGGGCUGGGGAGGUAAGGAUGGAGGGUGAGUUGAGGAGAGCAAUUAUUUUGUUCACUUUACAACCCAGGGAACCUGCAGCCCACACCACCCAGACCUGGGCUCCACUUCUCUCAGGGCCCACUAAGGCAUUAGGGGAGAAGAAGCCUGUUCUCUUCUCAGAAUAAAUGUUACUGCAAUUCCAGAAAAAC